AUUAAAAACCGCUGUCAUAUGACAGGCAGUGAAUCUCAAUAUGGCGGCUUACCAAUACACAGCUGUGUUGGUGUUUUCGCUGUUGCAAGCCAGUGUUUCAGGAUUUCCGACCAAUAUUCGCGACCCCGUGUGUGGUUAUAAGUCAUGUCCAGCGACGCAGCCGUCCAUGCUCAACGUUCACUUGGUCCCACAUACACACGACGAUGUGGGCUGGCUCAAGACCGUCGACCAGUACUACUACGGAGACCGUAAUGACAUCCAGCACGCAGGGGUUCAGUACAUCCUGGACUCGGUGGUAGAGGAGCUCCAGAAAGACCCGUCUCGUCGCUUCAUCUACGUGGAGUCGGCCUUCUUCUACCGCUGGUGGAAGCAGCAGAACCAGGCCACACGCAGCAUCGUCACCCAGCUGGUCAACGAAGGCCGUCUGGAGUUCAUAAAUGGCGGCUGGUGCAUGAGCGACGAGGCCACCACCCACUACAGCGCCGUCAUCGACCAGAUGACCCUGGGCCUGCGCUUCCUCAACGACACCUUCGGCCCGUGCGGGCGCCCCCGCGUGGCCUGGCACAUCGACCCCUUCGGACAUGCCAGAGAACAUGCGUCCAUAUUUGCCCAGAUGGGUUACGAUGGCUUCUUCUUCGGCCGUCUGGACUACCAGGACAAGGACCGCCGGAAGAAGACCAAGGAGCUGGAGCUCCUGUGGAGGGCCAGUGAGAGUCUGUCUGCCCCCACUGCAGACCUCUUCACCGGCAUCCUUCCCAACGGCUACAACCCCCCGGAUGGCUUCUGCUGGGACCAGUCCUGCGAGGACGCGCCCAUCCGGGACGACCCAGACCUGGAAGACUUCAACGUGGACGACAUGGUGCAGAUGUUCUUGGAGACGGCCCACAACCAGUCCAAAUUCUACAAGAGCAACCACAUCAUCAUGACCAUGGGUUCAGACUUCCAGUACGAGAACGCCAACCUGUGGUACAAGAACAUGGACAAGCUCAUCCGUUACGUCAACGGCCAGCAGGCUGCGGGCAGCAGGGUCAACGUGCUCUACUCCACCCCCUCAUGCUAUCUGCAGGAGCUGCACCGCGCCAACACCACCUGGGCCCUGAAGACGGAUGACUUCUUCCCGUACGCUGAUGAUGCUCAUGACUUCUGGACGGGCUACUUCACCAGCCGGCCUGCCCUGAAGCGCUACGAGAGGCUGAGCAACAGCCAUCUGCAGACGUGCAAUCAGCUGGAGGUUCUGGGCGGGCCAAAGUCCAGGAGUGGCCCCUUCGGGAAGGGAGACAGCGACACCAUGAGGAAGGCCAUGGCGGUGGCCCAGCACCACGACGCAGUGUCCGGGACGGAGAAGCAGCACGUGGCCAACGACUACGCCCGCAGACUGGCCACCGGCUGGGCCCACUGCCAGGUGCUGGUCCGUAACUCCCUGGCUGUCCUCAGUGGUUCUGAUGCCCGGCGUUUUUUCUGUGAGAACCUCAACAUCAGCGUGUGCUCGCUGACCGAAACCAGCAAAAUGUUCACCAUGAAUGUGUAUAACCCAUUGGCACGCCCCGUUAGCUGGUCCGUGCGGCUGCCCGUUAACGGCAGUGCCUACAGCGUGACAGACGCUCAGGGCAAACCUGUAACCAACGAGGUGAUCCCCCUGUCCAAAGCCACUAUGGCACUGAGGGGCCAGCGAGGGUCGGCGCUGAACGAGCUGGUGUUCCAGGUGCAGGCCCCUCCCCUGGGCUACACCACCUACUCCAUCUCCCUGCUCCAGAACAGGCCUCCACCACCCCCACCUCGGCCUAAGGCACCUCUCACCAUGCAGAACAAGUUCCUGAAGGUGACCUUUGACCCUGCCACGGGCUUGCUGAGCAGCCUGAGCAACCUGGAGACCAAGCAGAGCAUCAAACUGAGCCAGAACUUCUACUGGUACAAUGCCAGCGCAGGGAACAACGAGGAGAGCGACCAGCCGUCGGGCGCCUACAUCUUCAGGCCAAACUGCUCCACCCCCUUCAUCAUCAGCAAAACGGCCAAGAUCCAGACAGUGCAGAACGGAGUGGUUCAGGAGGUGAGGCAGUGGUUCAGCCCCUGGGUGUCCCAGGUGGUGCGUCUGUAUGCGGAGAGCAGAGAGCUGGAGCUGGAGUGGACUGUUGGCCCUGUGCCUGUUGAAGAUGCUUUGGGCAAGGAGGUGAUCUCUCGUCUCGACACCGACAUCAACACUUCAGGCUAUUUCUACACCGACUCCAACGGCAGAGAGGUUUUGGAGCGGCGAAGGGACUAUCGUCCUACGUGGGACCUGUUGCAGUCUGAGCCCAUCGCUGGCAACUAUUACCCCAUCAACUCCCGUGCCUUCAUCAAGGACAAAGAGUCCCAGCUGACAGUGGUGACUGACCGCUCCCAGGGGGGAAGCAGCAUUGUGGACGGCUCCUUGGAGAUCAUGCUGCACCGGCGGCUGCUGUACGACGACGUGCGUGGCGUGGCCGAGCCCCUCAACGAGACGGGCGAGGCCGGGGCGGAGGGGCUGGUUGUACGCGGGCGCCUGCUGCUCACCCUCACGCCCCCCGACACGGCGGCCGACGCCCACCGGCCCCUCGCUCAGGCCCAGGUGCUGCAGCCGCUGCUCAGCUUCCAGAAGGGCCCGGCCCAGCCCAGCACACGCCUGCAGUUCUCAGGCCUGCAGGCUGCGCUGCCCCCUGCUGUUCAUCUGCUGACAGUGUCCCAGUGGGACUACGACUCGGUGCUGCUGCGCCUGGAGCACCAGUACCAGAGCAAAGAGAGCAAAGCAUUCUCACAGCCCGUCACUGUUAACCUGCAGAAGCUCUUCUCCAAUCUGGAGGUGCUGGGGGCCACAGAGAUGAGUCUGGGGGCCAAUCAGUGGAAGAGUGAGAUGAGUCGCCUGGACUGGAGACCCAGCUCAGAUGCGGGGGCGCCCCCGCCAAAGCGACCCGCUGACCCGUCGUCGUUGGACGUCACUCUGCACCCGAUGGAGAUCCGCACCUUCUUGCUCCGGGUCUGGCAGAGCUAGCCAAUCAGGAGCUAGCAACACACAGAACACCAAUCAGGAAAAAUCCGACACGCUUGUCACGACUUGCCGCCAACGCUGUCUAAAGAGGGGUCAGCUUGACCUCUCUGUCUGUCUGUCUCACCUGGACUUCAAGGAUCCUCUGCUAUUUUUCAGCCUCAUCAGUGUAAUUGAACACAAUGUACCCUCCAGGGGAUGGCAGGCCGUCUUUGGUUUCAUACAUCUGUUGUAAACCCAUUAUUAUUAUUUUUGGCCAUUUGAAAAGCUGCCUCAGCAAAUCUCGUACCGGAGAACUUUUUGUGACGAUAGAACGGGGGGCCUAAGAACAUUCUUUUAUAAACUACUGUGACAUCUCUGCAGAUUGAACUAUUGAGGUAUAUAACACUGCAGCUUUAACAUCACACGAAAACAUUCCCCAGAAGAACUCCAUGCAACAGUCACCCCACACACACACACACACACACACUUAAAAUCUGUCUCAAACUCAGUGAUUAUGAUCUGUGCAAUAGACAUUUUUGUGCCUUUUUUUUAGAUGAGUCCCUCUUUUAGGUGAUUUAUUUUGUAAUUCUUGCCAUUUUUUGUAAUUAAAAUGAUCAAAAGUGA